GUAUUGUAAGAAAAGAUAUAUUUCUCUGACCCGUCCUCUCAAAAUUCCCCUCUGUUCUCAGUCGUGCAUAAAUUUCUCUUGGCAACGAGCAGAGCAGAAGAAACAUAGAGAGUGCAGUGCAGUAAUAUAUAUGUAUCGUUCGAGUCUCCGCUAAGGCAAAACCCUUAAACCCAAACGGUUAUCUGCGGAUAUGGACUACCACCAGCCCCACGGUUAUAUGAGGCCACCGCCUCCCCCCCAGCCCCCUCCGUCCGCGGCGGAUCCCUACCAAAGACCUCCUCCUCCAGUCCCUCCGCCACCCUCCAACCACCCCUGGCCUUACUCCUCUACGCAAUUCCAAUACCAGCCUCAGACUCAACACUCCCCCUCUCCUCCACCGCCGCACUGGCCGCCGCCUCACUCCUCUGACCACGCUCAGUACCCUCCUCCUCCUCCGCCUCCUCCGACUUACCCUGGGCACCCGCCUCCGCCGUAUCAUGUGCACCCCCACUACCCACCCCCACAUCCGCUGCCGCCUAGACCGCCUCACGUUCCCCAAUCUUACUCUCAGGAUUGGGGGACUGGCAACUGGACUCACCAGCACAGUUGGGACCAAACAAAUAACAAUGAAGAGGACUGGGCGGCAAAAGCUAGAGCAUGGGCUGCUGCAAAAGCUGCAACAGACAAUCAGCAUGUUCCUUCACAUUUUCCAUCAGCUGGAAGGCCAGAAGAGCAAAAUCAUUUCCGUGAUCAAUAUUCUCAAUCCGUUGAUACUCAAUUUCAUGAGGUACAUGCUCCGCUAACUCCAGCACCAAACUAUCAACAGUACCCAGCUGCAAUGGUACCCCCAAACAGGACAGCUUUAGGUCAGUCGCAGGAUUCCCCGUACAUUAGCUCUGGACAAUCAUCUUAUGCUGCAGACUUGCAUGUGUCAUUUGCUGCUAGAGAUGGAAGCAUGGCUAGAGAUUCAAUUGCACCAUUCCCGCAGCAAGAGAAGUCAUCUAUAAGUCCAUUAGUCCAUCAGCAGGAGGUACCUUCUAGUUAUUCUUCUGUUGCAGGUGCUGAAGAUGCUGGGGAUAGAUAUGAAAAGUUUAAUGGCUCUUCAUCUUUGCCUGUGGCCUCUGUCCCACAGCAUCAUGUUCAGCCACCGCCGCCUGGUGGCCGGUCUGGAUGGAUGGAGGAGCCUCAUCAUUUGUUUGGUAGCCAACCAGCUGAAUCUGUAACUGAUCUUAGCGAUCAACCAUUGAAAUUUGCACCUCAUUUUAAUCGUGACCUGGAUCCACAUGCACCAUCCAAUUAUACCCACUCGUCAGGAGGUCCCAUAAGAGGUGCCGAUCCUACUGUGGCUAUGUCUUCAAGCUAUGCAUGGGCUCCCACUUCUAUGCCAGGGGCUGUUUACCCUCCAGUGCCUCCAAAUAUCCAAUCUGGGCCACAGGUUGAUCAUCCAAUAGCCAUGCCUGCUCCUGCUUCUGGAAAUUCCGCUCCAAUUUUUCCUACUGGACCUGGUUUCCAGCCAAAUGUCCCAAUGAUAGGUGCUGCUUUUGGUGUUGGCCCAGGUGUAACACCUCAUCCUACAUCUUUCUCUGGAGAUCCUUAUGGUGUUUCUGAGCGCCCUAAGAAGGCUUCCGUACCUAAUUGGCUUAGGGAGGAAAUAAUUAAGAACAAAGCUGUCAUCACAAAUUCUGCUGUGGAAAUCCGCAAAGAGGAUUCCCAAUCCGUUGAAGAAGAUAGUAAUGAGAAGUCUUCCAGGAAGGGAGAUCAAGCAGAUAGUAAAAGCAUUGAUUCUUCUAGAUCAACUGAAGAUGACGAUGAGGAUGAGGAUGAGGUGGAAGCUGCCAGAACUGCAGCUAUCAACCAGGAGAUAAAGCGUGUCCUGACUGAAGUUCUUUUGAAGGUUACAGACGAACUUUUUGAUGAAAUAGCAACAAAAGUUCUAAAAGAAGAUGAUCUCUCAGUUGAAGUUGGCCGUGAUAUUGACAUGUCAAUCCACCAAAUAUUACCAUCUACUCCAUCUGUUUUGACACCAAAGGCUUCUGCCAAGGUGUUAAUUCCGACCAAGAAGGAGAAUGAUUACGAGGAUACUAGUGAAAAAUCUACAUCUGGUGCUCCUGGAGAUAUAUUAGGUCUAGCUAGUUAUGCCUCAGACGAGGAAGAUGAGGAGAUACAGAGUGCAGGUAAGCUGAAUUCAAAGGAAAGUUCCACACAUCAGCAGUCAUCCUCAACCAAGCUUUUGGAAGGUAAUUCUGUCAUUGAGAAUGGUGGUUCCAAGGAAGAAACAGAAGAACAAAAAUAUGUUCCUGCAAAGUUAGAGACUGAUGGCACUGUCAGAAAGAGUCCAUUCAGUGCCACUCCUGGUCGUGGAGUUGCAAAUAUGGAGUUAAAUGACAAUAGGGAAGCUAAAGAUUUAGCACUGGGUGAUGAUCAACGUUCCUCUAAGAAACUAUCUGGUACUGCAGAAGAUGAUGUGCAACAUGGUUCUGAUAAGUCAAACAAUUCCGCAAUCGAAAAGGCUGUUGAGAGAAAUGAAAGACUAGAUGGUAAUUUAGAUACCAGAAGGUCGACAAAUGAUGAUUCCCGAAUCCAAAAUACAGGGAAUAGAUCUGAUAAAAAUGACAGAAAUGAAAGUAAAAGGAGCUCAUUUAGGAAAGACCAUAAGGAUUCAGAAAGUUCCAAGGAAAGACUGGAUAAGAAGGGAGAUGAAGAGCAUAGAAGGCAUGAAGAAAGGCGUGCAAGAGCUGAAAGGACUGACUAUCAUGAUAAUCCGAAAGAUAAAGGAAAGGAAAAAAGUAGGACUGAUGAAAAAGUAAAGAAUACUGAACCAAAGAAAAGGCCGUCUCCUUCCGGUGCCAGGGAAGGAAGAUCUGAGACACGGAGAGAUAAAAGAAUUAGUGGUAAUGAAGAUGAUGACGAGAAAAGACAAGAUAGAACAGGGGAUGAGAAAAAAGAACGAUCUAGGCAUAAAAGUGGAAGUGAAUCUAGCCGACGAAAACGACGCCGUUCAUCUUCAGUUGGUGUUAGGGGUAGAGAGAGCAAGGAUAACACACUGGCUACUCAUGCCAAUGAUUCUAGCGAUGAUUCCUCGGAUGAUUCUCCAAGGAGAUCUCAACACUCAAAAAGACGUAAAUCUCCAUCACCUAUCAGGCAAAGAAAAAGGUUAUAAUCUGUCAAAAUAGUAAGGUGAUUUGUAUUUAGUGCUUUAGAGUUUCUAGGCACAAUUCCACUCCUUUGCUGCAGCAAGUUCAUGUUGGUUGCUGUUGAUACUUUUUUAGGUUUUUUUUAAGAGUUACAGAUAUGAAUGGCAAUGAAAUCUCUUGCAAUAUGCAAAAGGAUUUCAUGGCUAUUUAAAUAAUUGUCUUUUUAUUGUUACUGAAGUGAAACAAAGAUCUAUUUCCAGUUUAAGCUAGCUUUUUUGUAGCCCAUCCAUGCUGCUUGGCUAUUCGCAUUUGCCUUUGCUUGGUCUUGUUCAUGCACUUGUUUGUUUUUUGUGAAAUUGGAAACAUUCUUGCAUGACACUAGGGAUAUCACUUCUAUGUCUUUCUGAUAGUGUUUCGUACUCAGGAUUCACGUCCUUUCUGAUGUACCAUCUAUGAUCUUCAUUCUAGGCAGUGGCCUCAUCUUUCCAAGGAUGUUUAGUGUAUUAAUCAAUCUUCCAUGAAAAGAAACAUAAUUAUAUUGGAAGAGUCACAGAAUGGGUCAUCUUCUUGGGCACCUUAUUGAUGGGGAACUACAUGACUCAAAGAGCUAUUCUCAACAACAAUUCUGUGGCGUCUUUGACAUGUGUCACAUCAAUAAAUGUUUUAUUACUAUAAUCCAAAAUGAUGAUUUGUAAUCCAGUUGACACUAAAUAAUGAGAAACUAGAUUUGGAAUUUAGUAGUCCAAAAACAGAAGUAAAUUCAAUUUUGCUUUUGUGCUAUAUUACCCUUUUCUUCUUGAAAUUCAUUUUCAAGUCUUCCUUCUUCAUAAAGAGGGAGGCAAGUUGUAUGACAAGAAAAUGAAGGACGAGGGGCAUCUGAUCCUAGUAGUUUGCUUAUAAGCCAGGUGUUAAACAUAAGUCUUAGACUUGAUGAUCACAUGUAAGGCACUAAGCGCAUGCUUUUUCUUUUCAUUGUGUUUGCAUCAGCUCUACUUUUCUGUGGCAGCUUUAGCUCAGCUAUUCAACAGAUUGCUGGAUGUGUUUGAUGCCUUCUUGCUAAACAGGCGUUUUGUUUUCCUUUUAUGUUG